AAGAGAGAAAAUUAACCAAGAAAAGAAAAAAGAAAAAGAAUAAAAAGAAAAGAGAAGAAGCAGGAGAUUUCUUGAAAUGGAGAGACAAAAGAGCAUGGAAAAAGGGUUACUGAGGAAGAGCUUAAGCAUACGAGAGAGAAAGUUCCCUAACGAAGACGCUUUCUUAGAAGCCGGUUUAUCGAGGAAAUCUCCGAGAGAGGUCAAGAAACCUCAAAACGACGAUGAUGAAUGUCGUGUCACCGCCUCUGUUUUCUUCAGCACCUUUGUUGCCGUCUCUGGCUCCUUCUGUACCGGUUGUGGCGUUGGUUUUUCAUCGGGUGCUCAAGCAGGGAUUACCAAAGAUUUAUCUCUCUCCGUUGCAGAAUACUCAAUGUUCGGGUCGAUCUUGACUUUAGGAGGCUUGAUCGGUGCAAUAUUCAGCGGCAAAGUCGCUGAUGUCUUGGGAAGAAAACGGACGAUGUUGUUUUGCGAAUUCUUCUGUAUCACAGGCUGGCUUUGUGUAGCAUUGGCUCAGAAUGCAAUGUGGUUGGACUGUGGAAGAUUGUUACUUGGAAUCGGCGUUGGUUUAUUUAGCUACGUGAUUCCGGUGUAUAUAGCCGAAAUUGCACCAAAACAUGUCCGAGGAUCGUUUGUGUUCGCUAAUCAGUUGAUGCAAAAUUGCGGAAUUUCACUCUUCUUCAUCAUUGGAAAUUUUAUUCCAUGGAGACUACUAACAGUAGUCGGAUUGGUGCCAUGUGUGUUCCACGUCUUUUGUUUAUUUUUCAUCCCCGAAUCUCCAAGAUGGCUGGCGAAGUUAGGUCGUGAUAAAGAAUGCCGAUCUUCGUUGCAACGCCUUAGGGGAUCUGACGUCGAUAUUUCUCGUGAAGCAAACACAAUUAGAGAUACCAUUGACAUGACAGAAAACGGUGGUGAAAGUAAGAUGUCUGAAUUGUUUCAGAGACGAUACGCAUAUCCGUUAAUUAUCGGAGUUGGUUUAAUGUUUUUGCAACAAUUGUGUGGGAGCUCCGGUGUUACCUAUUAUGCUAGUAGCCUCUUUAACAAAGGAGGAUUUCCAAGUGCUAUUGGCACAUCCGUAAUAGCCACAAUUAUGGUUCCGAAAGCGAUGCUGGCAACAAUCCUCGUCGAUAAAAUGGGGAGGAGAACGCUCCUAAUGGCUUCUUGUUCUGCAAUGGGUUUCAGUGCUUUGCUCUUAAGUGUUUCUUACGGUUUCCAGUCGUUUGGCAUUCUUCCAGAACUCACUCCAAUCUUCACUUGCAUCGGCGUACUGGGUCACAUUGUGUCAUUUGCGAUGGGAAUGGGAGGACUACCAUGGAUUAUAAUGGCUGAGAUAUUUCCUAUGAAUGUGAAAGUGUCAGCUGGGACCUUAGUUACCGUAACCAAUUGGUUAUUUGGUUGGAUUAUCACAUAUACUUUCAAUUUCAUGCUAGAAUGGAAUGCAUCAGGAAUGUUCCUCAUCUUCUCAAUGGUCUCCGCCAGUUCGAUCGUAUUUAUAUACUUUUUGGUACCUGAGACGAAAGGCCGGUCACUUGAAGAAAUACAAGCAUUGCUCAACAACUCUGUGCAAUAAUAUUAUUUUCUUUUUCUUUUUGGGUAAAUGAUCAUAUAAGUCGAUUGCUGUUACUGCUGGUGUGAGUUUGAAUGUGAUUCGUGUACGUAUCUAAUUUUGGAUGGGAAAUUUGAAACAAUAAAAUUGUAUAUUUCCC